AUGUCUCCAACUGCGACAUCAAGCUCCAGCCCUGCUGCCACUACCACUGCCAGUAGCAGCGGAGAGAGCUCAAGCAGUGCGACCAGCUCGCCCUUGUUGUUUUUCGUCGCUCUUGGGUUUGGCGUGGUGUUUACCAAUCUAUGGAUCAUUGUUGGAGUCAAAUAUUGCUUUCGGUAUAACCAACGAAAUCGUCAGCUCCGCAGUGAGGAAGUAGGAGAAGCCAUAGAUCUGGCUACCAUGCCGCGAACCCAUCGCAGGAGAAGGGAGAAAAGGUUAAUGACGAUGGAUGAAGUCAACGGGCGGUUUCCACUUGUCAAGUACAAAGUGUGGAGAUCAUCUCGCGCCAACCAGGGUCUUUCAACAGAAGGAGGUAUCACGGCCCCGAAUAGCAGACCGCAGAGCCCAAAGGAUGAAAAUGAUGCCAUAAAAACUGCGGUCCGCACAACUGUAGUCUCACCGACUACGAAGGGUCAUGAACGAGUGGAUAUGAACGAUGCGUUACAAAUCUCCUCCGAAGAGUUACAUGCCGUCGCUUCAGUGCAGGUCUCAGAUGAGAAGGUCCCCGGGAUUUCGAAGACGUCUUCCGCUCACCAAAGCCUGGGUUCAUAUGUCCAUGAAGAAAAAUGGCAAGAUUCCCUGGCCAAUGAAAAUGCGAGCGUUGAUCUCGAGGGGGACAACGACGGUAGAGGUUGUAUCCGCAAUGCUGUUCCUGCUGAUCUUCUACCUAACCCUGGCGACUCUUGUGCGAUUUGCCUAGAUAUCAUCGAGGAUGAUGACGAUAUCCGAGGGCUUGCAUGUGGGCAUGCUUUCCAUGCCUCAUGUGUCGAUCCCUGGCUGACAAGCAGAAGGGCAUGUUGCCCUCUAUGCAAGGCCGAUUACUAUGUUCCUAAACCCCACGUGCAGAGUGAAUCACACUCUGCCACAGGUCGGCAGGGUCACCGUACUGUCUCGGCUCGCCCAGAUACAAUCCCAAGACCUCCUAGGGUCGCUUGGAAUGGGAGUCGAGAAAACGGAUUUCGUAUCCCAAUGAGCUUGUCUAACCGACUAUUUCAAUCUGGCGCCCCAGAUGAAGAAGUCAUCCCCCCAUCCCGAGAGCAGCAUUUACGAGGCAGGCGUGAUCGAUUUUGGGGCUCACGCCAUUCCUUGGACCCUCUAGGCCAGCCUACCUGGUCGCAAUCAAUCUCAAAUCGACUCCGCCAAUUUUUUUUCCAUUUACCCUCGUCGAGAGAGCCUCACCCGCCAGCUUCGGAUGGAACCUCACUGCCUUUGGAAAGACGCACACCCCGUCAAAUCGAAGCUGGUACCGUAUGA